UCUGAUUAAAUUGACUUCUCAACCCACAUAUGCACAAUACUAUGUCUGUUUUGUGGAUUUCAAGAAAGCGUUUGAUACGGUUGACCGCAAUACCCUGAUUCAAAAGCUCAUCCGACUUGGCCUGCAUGGUGAAAUUAUCCACGCGCUAGGUGAAAUAUGCUCAAAGAAUUUUCAACAGGUUGCCGACGGCUGUAAUCUUUCAAACAAAAUUCCCCAAUUAAUUGGCGUGACCCAAGGCGAUAAGCUCUCACCUUUGCUUUUUUCGUUAUUUAUAGCUGAUCUCCCGGAUUUUAUCGAUUCCAAUCAAUGCUUGAUCAUUUUAUAUGCAGAUGAUCUAAUCAUAGCCAGUCCUUUCCUUCUAGAUGUUAAAAGAUCGCUGAAUGACCUCCACGAGUACUGCAGAAUUAACAAGCUCACUGUCAAUGUCCAGAAAACCAAUAUGAUGAAAUUCAGAAAAGGUGGACCUCUGAAAAAGUCAGACAAAGUUUUCUACGGAUACGAAGAAAUCGGGUUUACAAACUCAUUUUGCUAUCUUGGCUACAACUUAUCACCGUCCCUUACCAUCACAACCCACCUAAAACACUUGGUCAGAUCAGCUAUAAGGUCAACGUUUGCGCUCCAACAGAAAUUACCGUUCUCAAAAAUUAAUUUUACGUCGGCCAAAAGACUAUUCGAAUCAAUAGUGUAUCCGGCGGCGAUGUAUGGAAUCCAAACAAUCGAUCAUGGCGUGUUUUCCGCUCAAAUAGACUCCCAUGUCAAACAAAUCCAAGGAAUCUUCUGGAAAAAAUGGUGUGGACUUAGCGUUUACACCAGGAACACAUCCCUCUUGCAUCAUAUUCUUGGAGACGACUUCCUAAGAAUAGAUCGCGCGAGCCCCUUAAAAAGAAGAAUUAUUGCUCAAUAUUAUGCAAAUGAGGCCCAUCAUCUUAUUUGCUUAGUCGAAAGGUGUUUUGAGUCCCAACUGGACUGUAUUUGCAGAUAUUGUAACAAUAAUAUUGAUUUCAGACAUUUAGACACAUGUCAUGGCUUCACAGAAUGCUCUAACACUGUGGAGAAGUUAUUGAAGGCGACACGACAAGCGUAAAACAACUUAUCAAUUUCUCCACCUUUUUUGCACGUGCUUUUUAUUUAUACAAUAUACACGCGGUUAUUAUUUUAUUACACAUUUGUCCAUUUAUUGGAUGUUUAAUUUACUCUUUCUUCUUCAAAUUGACUUCUCAUUUCAGUUGCCGCGAUAAACUUUAGCAUGACAUGGUCGAUUCAAAUUUUUCAAAGUUUUAGUUUCCCCCGAAAAUCAAGGUCAAACUUCCGAAGAUGACCGACUGGCACAUUUUCUUAACAUAUUUGAUUUUAUUUACUUCUUAUAUUUGUUUUGUAUCGCAAGCGGUGCGAAGCUCCACUUCGCCUCGGUGCGUUAUCAUUUCCCUCUAGCAUUAAGAACCCAAUAACGGAAUUGUAUAGUUUUGCUUUCAGGUGGCAUUGAAAAGAUGCAGCGGGAUUUUUUGCUGCAGUUAUUAGCCGUUCUUUUAAGUUGCUUGAGUGCUGCCGCUCUUUUUGAAGAUCAAGUUGGUAAAUUUGAUUGGCUGAUUCAGCAUUUGGGUCCGAUCAAGUGGAGCAGAUUUUUGAAUGUUAAUGGCAAAUCACAAUUAAUUUUUGCAUCAGAAGUUGCGUUAGCCCUGGCCAAUUCUCAGGAUGGCUCAAUUAUCUGGAGGAAGGUGUUUGAAGAACAAGAUGGGGAUAUUUCGAAAAUAUUUCUCUUCGACGGAAACUCGAAUAUAGCGACCUUACAUGAAAAGAGGCAACUUUAUCGUGUGUUUGAUUGCUUGACGGGGAAUAUGCGACAAGAAUUAUCAUUGGUGCCAGAAACUGGGGCAUUGGAAACAAUAACUGACACCGCGGUUUCACGUAAACAGCCUGGCAAUGUAAUGGUUGUUUCGAAGACAAGCAUGCGAGCGAUAUCUUUCGAUGAGACUUCCAGCUGGACUUAUCCACUCUCGGUUGAUAGUGACGAUUUUGUUAGCAGGAAAAUAAGAGUCAACGAAGCUGAGAAAACCGUGGAUGUUGUUUCUUUGUACAACAGUGGUGUUAGUGUUAUGAGCUUCGAGCUUGCUGGAGGUGACAAAUUAGAAGAUAUACGCAGAAAUUUUGAAUUUUCACAAGAUAGUUGUAACGUUGAAGGCGAUUUUAUUGUGUGUUUGGCCGAUGAUUCGUUAAAAUUUUUAAAGUUAGACGGACUAAGUGGAAAGAAAUCAACCAAUUUUGUCUCUUCAAAACUGGGAUUCAAGAUAUCGAGCGUUGAAUCUGUAUUCGGGGAUUUGUUCCUCGUUCACUUCAAAGAAUCGACAGCAACAACGUUGGUCGAAUUAAGUGAAACUAAAACGGAAACAAUAAAACACUUUGAAAACUUUGUUUCCUACAAUGAGUUAUCAGUUCCUUAUGCAACAAAUGGUGCUUUGUUUGCUUUUCUACAUUCCGAGAAAGAUUCGCUGACCGUGACUGCUAUAAAUUGCGAAGCUAAAACAGAAAUGUUUUCGAAUGCAUUGAAAGUUAGGAUCCACGAAAAGCAUGGCAACCCUCUACUAGUGGCUGCAGCUACAGGGAAGUCUAGCGGAAGGCCAGAUAAAGUUUUUAUAACCGCCGAAGAUCAAAAAACAUUUAUGAUUGGAAUAUCAUCGAAUGGGCAAAAUAGUAUUCUGUGGACCAAGGACGAAAGCUUAUCGCAAGUUAUAGAUGUUGAGAUGUGUGACCUCAACUUGAGUGAGGCAAUGAUAACUUUAGAAGCUGACUUCGAAUUUGCAACGCGAGCUAAAACUACUCUUUUCGAAAUGUUUUACAGGAGAUUUUCCUCGCAUAUUUCGCAGUUUGUAGGUUUCGCAAUGAAAACGUAUGAUCAAAUUGCCAACCAGCAGUUGUUCAAAGAAUGUGCUGCCGACAAGGAUGAGCUUGUUAGAGACAGUUUCAACGUGAACAAAAUGCUAAUCGUUUUAUCUGGAAAUGGAAAACUUUCUGGAAUUUUGAGCGCCUCUGGAAAAAUUAUGUGGUCUUUGUGGUUUAGAGAUAUGACAUUCAAAAAAUCAAUUUCGGGACAAGUCGGAUCUUUUCUUUUCGUUCAACGAGGUACAGAUAACUACAAAUUUGAACCGAAAGCUGUUCUUGUUGGACAGAAUAAAGUGUCUGGAAAUGUAGCCAUCAUUUAUUUCAACCCACUAUCUGGGCAGGUUAUAGAAAGUUCUCUUGAUACGGGGUAUAAAGCCCUCCAAGUUAUUUCAAUCCCAGAAGUUGUUACUGAUGACAACUUGAAAUCAUUUGCCUUUUUGAUGGAAGAUCGUAGCUUGAAGCUUUAUCCAGACACACCUGCAAAUGUGAAUCGAUUCGAUCGUAUUUUUUCAAAAGCAUUAUUUGUCGUCCUAACUGCUUCAAAUGAACGAAUCGCUGGUGUGCAAUUUGACAAAGUGGGAACCGGGAAGGAAUUGUGGUCGCACAGUCUGGGGAUAGAUCAUGAAGUAUAUGGAAUUUAUAGCAUGAGAGAGGGAGAGUUAGUGGACUCUCCGGGAAAAGUGCAAAGUGACCAAACAGUUCUGUUUAAGUAUUUGAACCCGAACUUGGUAUUUGUAGUCCUGAGUCCGAAACAAAAAGAGGUUGGAGAUUCAGCGCAAUCAGGAAACGACGCCAAGUUCCAGUUCGAGUUUAGUCUCAUCGAUUCGGUCUCAGGUGAAACUGUUUUCGCGACUACAAUGCGACGAGUGUCGGACAUUCAUGUGGUUCACUCGGAGAACUGGGUCGUGUUCAGUGUUUGGAACGACAAAAGUCGAAGAACAGAGCUGACGGUAAUCGAGCUGUACGAGUCUGGCAAAGACUCGGAAAGGAAUUCGACCCACUUUUCCUCUUUCGCUAAUUCAUCGGCUCCCUUAGUUUUGCGCCAGAGUUAUAUCUACCCAGCAUUUGUUAAAUCACUAGCUACUACAUAUUCGGAGAAGGGUCUAACCAAUAAGCAAGUCAUUCUUGGCACAGCCAGUGGAGCGCUGGUUCCUAUUCCCAAACAUCUUCUGGACCCCAGGAGGAGCUUGACCUCAAAGGCCGCAGCUAGAGAGGAGGGAAUGAUCCCAUACCAUCCAGUCAUCUCACUGCCCCUGGAAAUGAACAUCAACUACAACCAGAGCAUAGCUUUGAUCAGAGGCAGCGUCGCCUUUCCAGGAGGUCUGGAAUCGACCGUAUUGCUAUUCAAUUAUGGCCUGGACAUAUUCUUCACACAAGUGUUUCCAUCUGAAAUGUUCGACGUGCUCAGUGCAGAUUUCGAGUUCUGGAUCAUAGGAGCAGUAUGUUCGGCGCUUUUCAUAGGAUCGCUCAUCACUAAGAAGCUAUCGUCCUAUUAUGCCCUGAAAAAAGCGUGGAAGUAGACUGAAGGCAUGCGAUGUUGCUCAGAAUUUUGCUCAGUUUUUUAGACUCAGGAAAGCUAAGUCAAAUGCUGACAUGUUGACGAAGUUUAUCGUACUGGUUUUUUGUACUUUGUUUUACCCCACAUUUAUCGGAGAUAGUUUUAUCAGAUUAUACACUUGCGGCGACUACAGAAUGAGGAUAUGCGAGUGCGUCUUUAGCAUCUUUAGCACAAAAAUAACUCCAAUUGAAUAAAUCCUGGGUUGAAAUAAGCUCCUCAAUUCAUUUUUUCAUGUUUUCCUUGCUUCAAAAAUUAUUACAGUUCUAUGAAUUUUAGAUCAAUAAUGCGUAAUUUGAUCUGGUACAACAUACUUUGAAUUUUAUCGAAUAUGUUUUUACCCUUGCGAUUAGUACGGUUAUUGUAAUCGGGUACAAUACUUUUUCCCCGUAAAUAUCUGCUAACAGAAGUAGACGAUUUUGCACAUUUAGUCUAGACAAAACUACCUUGCUUUGGGUGACGAAUGUGCUGGGUCCGAUUCAGCCUAGGGACUUCUUUCAAAUAGAAAAAUAAAAAUAGAAAAAAAUGUAAAGGUUAAGUUGUCAGGCUAUAGUUGGUUUGGUUAUGUUUAUCGACUUUCUAAAUCUUGGACUUUUCUAUCAGACUUUGGGAUCUUUUUCCUUCCCCCACCUGCAAAAUUUUACUAAUGAAAAACUUGUUCACAUUAAUAGGUUGUUAUGAAAAUUGGUAUACGGACUAAUAAGGCCGUGGCAAACAAAUUUGGUCUUCAUUAUUAACCUAUGUGAAACCACUCGUUGAACCAGAAAAUUGAUGCUCGUGUGAGGCGGGAGGGGGGGGGGGGGGGCGCUUGUAUAGAAAAAGGGCCAGACUUUGUUUAAAGGUUUUUAUCAGACGUUGUUUGUAGAGCACUUCACACUUCACUCGAGACAACCGCAGAAAAGUUUUAGUUACUUUUAUCGGCUUUUUCAAUUUUGUUUUCUCAAAUUUGGUUUUAAUUUCUUCCGGCUAGCCUCCGUCCUUUUUGGCCUUGUAUCGCAAGUGGUGCGAAGAUCAGCUUCGUCUCUAUGUAUCAUUAUUUAAUAAGUUUUGCUAAUUAAUAUUUUCCUUAAAUUAAUUGUAUUUCAACUA